AUGAACGUCUCCACAGUUACUCAUACUCAUGUGAAUCCAAUAAAACCCAUCACAUUUGUCUGUUCGAAGUCACUUGAAUUAGUGGAGUUGACUAAUAAUAGUUCUGACAAGAAAAGCGGUGAUCAUGCAAGUGAGUUUUAUAAAAGCGUCAUAUCCCGUUCUUCUCAGCAAGAUAAGAUGAAAAGUCGUGGUAGAAACCCGAAUAAGAAGCAGGAACCUCCUGCAACUAAAGCUUGGUGCUCAGAUUGUGAACUAUGGGUUGAUAUUAAACUGCUUGAAAAACAUAUUCACGGAACGGCCCACUUAAUAAGCACAAAACACGAAACUCCUCUACCCGAUCCUAUAGUAUUAAAUGAGAAUAAUCUUGGGUUUCGCAUGCUUCGUGAUCAAGGCUGGACAUAUGAAAAAGGUCUUGGUAUUGAAGAACAGGGUGGAAGGCAUCCGAUUCCAAUACGUAUGAAGAACGACAAAUUGGGUAUUGGAAUGAAACGUCAAAAACCAGAGAGAGAAGAAUCAAAGAAUCCCGUAAAGAGGCUGAGUGCGAAAGAAGCAAGAAAGCAAUAUGAAAAGAAUCGAAGAGAUAAAAUGCAAUUGCUCGAAUACAUGAAUAAAUAG